CUAUAGUUUCUUUGUGAUUGUCGGGUUCGUGGCGACAGAGGCUUGGUGAAAAGUGGAUACGUGGUUGCGAGACGAUGGUGGUCGAGCAAAGAAAUUCCGAGUUAUUAAAAGAGAACCAAGCAAAUGAUGCUACCGAGCCGAAGGAACAGAAGGCGUACUCGCUGGAAAUUUUAAAGAUUAUUAAAGAAGCACAGCAGCAACAUGGGUUGAGACAUAGUGAUUAUCAACGAUACCGUGGGUAUUGUUCAAGAAGGCUAAGACGCUUAAGGAAAGUGUUAAAAGUUCCACAAGGAGAUAGACGUCAUUUUAAAAGGAAAGAUAUUACACCUGCAAUGAUCACUGAUGACAAAUUUCUACAAAUACCUUUGAUGAUGGCAGAACGUGCUUGGAGCUAUGCUAUGCAGUUGAGACAAGAAUCUAAUACAGAACCAAGAAAGAAAUUUCAUUUAGUAUCUAGACUAAGGAAAGCUGCUACUUAUUCUUUGCAGCUGCAAGAACUAAUAGAGAACAUUAACUGCGAUGCAAGAACAAAAUUAGAAGCUCAAGCAUAUGUUGCCUGGAUACAUGGUUCCUUACACUUUGAAUUACAGUUAUGGAAAAAAGCUAUGGAGAAUCUAAAGAAAGCACAGGUAGUAUAUGGCAAGUUGGCCUCAGCACUACCAGAAUUAGAGCAAGUAAUGUACAAUGCUAGAGUGGAAGAACUUGCUCCUAGCCUUAGAUACUGUGCUUAUAAUAUUGGAGAUACCACUGCCAUAGAUGAUUUAAUGCAAAUGAGAGGUCAAUUGAGUGGAGAGUUGCUAGCUAGCUUAGACUCAUUGAUAGCUCAAACUCGAGAGAAACAAGCUAACACUGAGGAAGUGACUUGGCGUGGUAAAUCUUGUGGUACAGUGCCACCUAGAGCAGCAGGUCUCUUAAUUGCAGACUCAAGAUUGAAUCAAACGUUAGAUAAAACAGUUACAAAUCAAAGUAAAAUCGAUUUAUUAGAAGCACACCUGAUAGAUUGUAAGGAUGCUAUCUCAGCUGUAAGGGACUUCUUUAAGAAUGAGUUGAAGAACAAGGACAAUGAUAAACUAACACCGCCACAACAUUUGAUCACUUAUCUGCAAUACAUUAGGUUGUCGCGUACCCUUGAAAGAAAUCUGGCGUUGAUCAAAGCUGCUGAAGAGUCUGGCAAAGCAAAGCCACAAGAUAUUGUAAGACUGUAUGAAGCAGCUCUCCAUAAUCUAGUUGAGAUUUCACAGUUGCAAGACGAUGAAGAGUUUGUGCGUGAACAAGAGGCAAAGACAAAAAGUUACAGAGCUUUCAGGUGUUAUUACAUGGCUCAGUCUCUAGCAAAUCUGCACAGAUGGAGAGAAGCAAUGCUUUUAUAUCAGAGAUCCGCACAACAUGUAAAAGAUGCAUUAAGUUAUAGUAAAAUGCUUCCUGACUCGUUGAAAGAGGCUCUAGAGAAAUUGGAGACUUCUAUAGAGGGUGCCAAGUAUGCUGCUCAUGCACAUAGCGUAUUGGAAGAAGAACAAGAAGACGAUACUGGAACCAACAAAUAUACGAAGACAAAGAAACCGUUGUAUGAACGCCUGCACGAAUACAGGGAAGAUGCUGCGCUUCUUACAAAGCAGCCUAACGUAUACAAAUUGCCACCAUCUAUGCAGCCUAUUCCUUGUAAGCCAUUGUUUUUCGACUUGGCUUUCAACAUGGUGGAGUUUCCGGAUUUGAGCGAGAAACUCGGUGAUCAGGCUAAGAAAGGUGGUCAGGCAGGUAUUACAGGAUUCGUUAAAGGUCUAUGGGGUUGGGGAAAUAAAUAAGAAAAGUAUAUUAUAAACGAAAGAUACUGGAUUUCUAAUGUUACUGCACGUGGUGCGGUAAUGUGUUUUUACCGGUUCUCAAACGCCUCGAUAAGCAUCGAGUUUUCACUUAUACAGACAGCAAUAUUGAUUAAAGGAAAUAAAGAAAUAUUA